CUAUCUUUGCAUUCUCUGCUCUCUCAUCUCUGUCUCGCGCUAGUAUGGAAGCUGGAAAGGUGUUAGAAGUUCUCUAUACUUUUCCUGUCGAGGGAAUACUGAACAAGCUGGCUUCACUUGCUGCUCAAGAAAUAAGUCUGUUCCGGGGAUUCAAAAGGGAACUGACAAAGCUUCGUCAAUCGUUACUCGCGAUUCAAGAUUUCUUAGGCGAUGUUGCCCACCAGCCACAGCAACGGGGCAAGGCAGUGGAGGAGUGGGUGAGGAAACUGAAGGACAUAGCUGAUGAUGCUGACAAUGUCUUGGAUGAAAUCAACUAUGAAGAUCUCCGGAGUCAAGUAGAACUGUCAAACCAAAAGAGGAAAAAGGUACUCAACUUCAUUUCAAGCUCCAAUCCCCAUUUGUUUCGUCAAAAAAUGGCACAUAAAAUCAAGAACAUCAACGCAUCAUUGUUGGAUCUCAAAUCUGAGGCAUCUUUCAUUGGACUGGUUUCCAAGAAAAUAGAUGCAACCCCUCCAGAAAUUGUGGGGGCCAGAGAAACCGACUCAAUCUUUGAGGAAGAUGAAAUCGUGGUUGGAAGGAAGGAGGAUCUGUCAAAGAUAAUUACAAUCUUGACAAACUCCAACUUGGAUCAAGAAAAUCUUUCGGUAAUGCCCAUUGUAGGAAUGGGAGGCCUAGGGAAGACAACUUUGGCUAAGUCAGUAUUCAAUGAUGAUUCUAUUGGUAGGCAUUUUGAUAAAAAAAUAUGGGUGUGUGUAUCUAACACUUUUGAGGUCAAUCCGAUUUUAAGUUGGAUAUUAGAAUAUCUUAACCCAACAAAGGCUGGGAUACAACGCCAAGAUGCAUUGCUUAAAAACCUAGUAGAAGAAUUGAAAGAGAAGAGAUAUUUUCUCGUGCUUGAUGACGUCUGGAACGAAGAUCCUAAAAAAUGGAGCAAUUUGAUGACUUGUUUGUCAAAACUUCAUAGUGCCCAUGGAAGCGUCGUUAUUGUCACUACGCGCAUUGCCAGUGUUGCAUCAAUCAUGAAAAAAGUACUUCCAAUGUAUGUCUUGGGAAGUCUAUCUGUUGAUGAUUGUUGGGACAUAUUGAAGAAAAGAGCAUUUCCAGAUGGUAAUGCUCCUAUUGCAAAAGAUCUAGAAACAAUUGGAAAGGAGAUUGCCAGAAAGUGUGCUGGUGUACCGUUAACGGCCAAGGUUUUGGGAAGCAUGAUGCGUUCUAAAGAUAGUGGCGAUGAAUGGUUGGAAAUUCAAGAAAGUAAGAUAUGGGAAUUACCAGAAGGAGAUGAAAGAAUUAUGUCGGUUUUGAAAUUGAGUUUUGAUCAUUUGAAAUCACCUUCUUUGAAACAGUGUUUUGCAUAUUGCUCAAACUUCAAGAAAGAUUUUAGAAUGAAAAAGGAUGACCUGAUCCAGCUAUGGAUGGCUCAAGGAUUUCUCGGUUCUUCUCCUAACAAAGAUAUGGAGGAUAUAGGUGAUGAAUAUUUUACGAUUCUGUUGCAAAACUCCCUAUUUCAAGAUGUUAUAAGGGAUAACUUCGGUAUUAUUAGCCAUUGCAAGAUGCACGAUCUUGUACAUGAUCUUGCUGAGCUUGUAUCAAGAUCUGAAAUGGAAGAUAAACUUGAGAAUCAACACGUGGCAUGGGAUCCUUCCAAAAGUUCCCAAAGAAAUGUUGAGAAACGGCAGUCACUAUUUGUGAAUGGUGAUCAAGCCAUUAGUAAUAAUACAUUACUUAUAAGCUUUAAGGCUUUGCGUGUUUUAAAUUUGUAUAGGGCUGAUAUUGAGGAGCUGCCAAGUUCAAUUGGCGUCUUGACACAUUUGAGAUAUUUGAACGUUUUUGGAACAAAAAUCAAACAACUCCCUAAGUCUAUUGGCAAGCUUUAUAACCUACAAACGUUAAGAGUGGAGAAUACAAGGAAUCUUGUCACGUUUCCAAAGGAAAUGGAAAAUUUGAUCAACUGGAGGCAUGUUUAUUUCUAUUAUGAUAAGCCAGUUCCAUUUGGGAUGGGACGAUUAGAACAUCUGCAAACAAUAUCUCCUUCGUUUACUUUGGACAAGGAAAGUAAUCGUGGAAUUGACGAUCUGGGUGGCUUAAACCAAUUAAAAGGUGAACUAAUUAUUAAAGGCUUGGAACAUGCGAGGGAUGGACGCCAAGCAGGGGCAUCAAAUUUAGUUGGGAAAGCAAAUCUACGAAGGUUGACAUUAAAAUGGAGCUCUUAUCACGAGGGCAGAAACGAGAAAGACAUUGAUGUACUAGAAGGCCUCCGACCCAAUACUGAGUUAGAAAUCUUAAAGAUUGACAGAUUCAUGGGUUCUAAAUUAGCAUCAUGGAUGAUGAGUGGUUCGUUGCCACUCAAACUGACAGAGAUUUGGUUACGGAAUUGCGGAGAAUGCGAACAAGUCCCAUCACUUGGCCAUUUACCAAAUCUUAGGCUUGUUGAGUUUAGCUACAUGUAUAAGCUUAAAUGUGUGGGAGUAGAGUUUUAUGGUUAUAACCAUAAUAACGGUGCGACUUUUUUUCCAGCAUUGAAAAGCUUAACUAUUAUUUGUUGCCCAGCUCUAAUUAAAUGGGAGGAACUGCCAACAUAUGAGAAAGUAGCGGUGUUUCCCUGCCUUGAGGAGUUGACUAUAAAGCAUUGCAUUAGUCUCGAGUUCAUUCCAAUUACCCUGGGCAAGGGCAUGCCAUGUCUCUGCAAAUUGCAGAUUGAGGAUUGUGAGAAAUUAUCAAGCUUGCCGACUAGCUUAGAAUAUUGCAUCUCUCUUCAGGAGUUGGAUAUUUUUCGUUGUCAUGGAUUGACAAGUCUAUCGAGUGGGCUACCAUCCUGCACAUCUCUUAAGAAGUUGAGAAUCGAGUCAUGUGACAAUUUGAUAUCUCUGGCAGAUCUCGAUGUAUCCAGGUUACAGUCUCUUUCCUCUUUAGAUAUAUUUAAUUGUGGGAAAUUAAACUAUUUGCCAUUAGAGGGGCUAUGCUCUCUUACGCGUGUAGAAUCUAUGAAAAUGGGUCCGUUUUCAGAGGAGCUCGAUUCUUUCCCUGAUUUUGAGCUUCCAUCACAAAUCCAAAGACUAGUGAUGAAAGGGUGGCCUAAUCUUAGGCUCAAGUCUUUGCCUCAACAAAUUCAACACUUGACUACUUCUCUAACAUUUUUGGAGAUUGAUUCUUUCGAUGGUGUGGAGGCUCUUCCAGAGUGGUUGGGUAACCUUUCAUCUCUUACCACCCUGAGUAUCAGGCGGUGUAAGAAUCUGGUGUCUCUUCCUGCCAUUGAAGUUAUGCAACGCCUCACCAAACUAAAAGGGCUAGAGAUUGCUGCAUGUCCCCAUCUAGGAGAAAGAUCCGCCCUUAAAAGCGGCCCAGAAUGGCACAAGAUUUCUCACAUCCCACGUAUAAUUGAUGAGAAUCAUCGGAAUCUUUUUAGUGAUGAUGAUUCGACCAAUGCAACCCCUUCACAAACUAGCUAGCACAGUUGGAGCACAAAAAGGAUCUUACGCAAUUGGAAGAACAAAUAAUGCGCAUUAGGUGCAAACUUAUUCCAGAGGGGAUGGGGAUGUAUUUGCUAUAGAUCCUUGCAUAAGGUAGGUGAAGGUGUCCAUCAGAUGGAUUUGUGAAGCUGAUCAACGACAAUGUGUCAUGGCAAACACAAACUGAUACAGACCAUUAUGUGUUGGCUGCCAAUGGUAGUAAUCUUGUAUGAGCUAGUUCUUGCUUGUUAUUGCUGAAGAUCACAGGGUAGCCAAACUACAAGUCUCUACCUCAACAACAAAUUCAACACUGCACUUGUCUACAAGAUUUGUAUAUGCAUGCAGGACCUCUUCCAGAGUGAUUGGGGUAACCUUACAUCUCUUACCCAUCUCAGGUUUAAGGCGUGUGAGAAUUUGGUGUAUCUUCCUGCCAUUGAGGUUAUGCAACACCUCACCAAACUUGUUACAUGUCCUGGUCUAGGGGGAAGAUCCGCCCUCCUGAGCGGCCCAGAAUGGCACAAGAUUUCUCACAUCCCAUGUAUAUCAAGUUAUUAUAUUCUCAAAAGAAAUCCUUCCUUAUUUGUUCAAAUCCUUCCUGCUCUUCUCUAGCCUCUGCCCAAUGUUUUCCACAUCUUCGUAUAUAUGUUGUGUUACUGAUGGCAUUUACUAUCAGUUGAAUUUGGCACAAUUUGUUGGAUUUCACUUCCGGACUAGGUGAUGCGGAAUUGGUGCAAACUUAGUCUAGGUUUUGAUCAGCAUUCAUUUUGCAUCUGCUUCAAUCAGUGGAGGGUUAGAGGUGCGUUAGCAGGAGAAAUAGCAGCUUGUUCAGAUUCCAAGGUGCAGAUUUUUGGGACAAGCAUCCAUUUGAAGUUUAAAGAGUCCUUAGAAGUUGUUUAUAAAAAUGUGAUGAUCUGGAGGAUUUACUCGAGUGAUGAGGGAACCUUGCAGAUGAACUAUCUAUUGGUAUCUGUGAGGACUUACUAGAGUGAUGAGUAUCUACCGCCAGUUGAAGGCUCCGAAAACAUCCCCAAAACGAAAAGAUGCACCGAGAAGAGCAACCCCAGUCAAGUGGCAAAGAUUUUCUCAUAUUUCCAAGAGUCAAGUGCGAGGAGACUGCAAUCAAUACUCAUAUGCUGUCUAACCUUUUGUCUACAACGUGUGGUUCAUAAUGCAGGUUUCAGCUAUAAAAAUGGUCAUGGACUCUUGCUUGGAUGCAUAUCACAGAGAACAAAGGCCUCUGUUCCUAGUCUUAUUUGAUAGCAUGUCAUUUACCUAUGCUAUUGCAAGGCUCAGUAAUAAUGAGGAAAAGCGUUUUCCAUCAACUUCUAAGAGAAACACUUCUCGUAGAGAAUACUUUUCCUGGCUAGUCGAGCUCUGCGUCCUGCCUCUUCAAAGGAAGAAAGUUGAAGUGCUUUUAUGAGUGACCUUUGGAUGUACUUGCUACUUGGGGUUCCAUUUCUAUAGGGAAUAAUGGGAUGAGAGAAGCGAGACAAAUUUAGUUUGAUGGUGAGAACCUAUUUGUUCUCUCUUGUCAUACUCUUUGUACUCUUUUUCUUUUGAUUAAGUGAAUUAUCAUUGGCAUCGUUGCCCAUGGAUGUAGCCCAACUUUGGGUGAACCACGUUAAAUACGGUGUUU